UCUCUCUCUCUCUCUCUCUCUCUCUUCAUCUCUCAUUCUCUCUCUCUCCAGAUUCCCAUGUUCUUUCAUCUGUAUAUGACAUAAUCACAACAACUAUACAUAUAGAUCCUUCACUCCCCACUCUUUCUCUUCGUACCAUCAAAUUCACGAUCAAAUCCAAACAUUCACAGAGAUGGGGAGCUUCAAUCCGAUUCCUGAGCUUACUUUGGAUUUCAAACCCACUUUUAUCCCCAAAACUAUCGCUCAAUUUCUUCGUCAAGUUUCCUCAAUCGGUAGCGUGCCUGACAAGAUAUUGAAACUUGAUGAUUUUGUUACCCGAUUAGAGUCCGAAAUGCGGAAAAUCGAUGCCUUUAAACGUGAACUCCCCCUUUGCAUGCUCCUUAUUAAUGAUGCUAUUAUUGCAUUAAAAGAGGAGGCAAUGGUGUUCAGGAAAUCAUCUAGUGUUGAGCCAGUGCUUGAAGAAUUUAUACCACUUAAAAAGAGUUGUGAUGAAGAGGUAGAAGUGGAUUUGAUCAGGGAAGAAAAGGGUGGAGGAGAUAAGAAGAAUUGGUUGAGCUCCACACAGCUUUGGAACACCAAUGAAAACAGUCCAAACAUGAAUCAAAUCCAAAGUCAUAAACCAAAUUCAACAGAUAAAAUAACCAAAAAGAGAGCUGUGGAAGAAGAUGACCGAACGAUCGACGGAUCACAUCGGUCAUUCGGAAACCAUCUUGGAAAAGCUUUUAUCCCAUUGAAGGGAUGUUAUGGAUUUACAAUGGUGGGAACACCAGGAGAGAAAGAUAGGGAGGAAUUACCAAUUCCUGGGCUUUCUUUAAUUACUCCCGGAAUCGGAAUCAAGAAUUCCAUGAGGGGAAACAAUUUAGUUACUAAAACUAGUCCUGAUGCCAAACUGACCCCUUGUUUUGCGACGAAUGAUCAAUCGACCGGUGUCCCUCGUGGUCUCUCGCCUCAGCAGCAAUCGUCUAGAAAACAAAGAAGAUGUUGGUCCACUGAGUUGCAUAGACGUUUCGUCAAUGCCCUGCAGCAACUCGGAGGUUCACAAGCUGCUACCCCUAAACAGAUUAGAGAACUUAUGCAAGUUGACGGCCUUACCAAUGAUGAAGUAAAAAGCCAUCUGCAAAAAUACAGACUGCACACGCGAAGAUUUCCAUCUUCCAACACCUCAACCGUGAAUCAAACUGGCGGUGUUUUGGGAGGAGGCACGUGGACCCUGCCCCAAGAUCAGUUUGUUGAAUCGUCGAAGCACGGUAUUUCUCAGUCGAGUUCUCCUGAUGGCCCGUUUCUUACCGGAACCACCACGACCACCGGUGGGGACAGCAUGGAUGAUGGAGAAGAUGCUAAAUCUGAGAAUUACUGCUGGAAAGGUGUAUAAAUUUUGAUAUAAUUUUUUUUUCGAAAAAUAAUCGGUUAAUUAUAUAGGUGAGUUUAUAUAUAAAAUAGACAACCUAAAAAAAAAAUAACUUAUACAUAAAGAUUGAUGAAAUUUUGCAGGAUUAGUUUUCCUAUUUUUUUUUUUUUUUUUUUUUUGGAACUUUUACAAAUUUGAGUUGUUACAAUUUUCUUGGAUUCUUUGUCCAAGUAGCUUCAUGUGAAGCACAUCUGUAUUUGAGAUGAGAAACAUGAUCAUUGAGGUAUGCAGUAUUUUAUGCAUAUUAUUCCCUUCAUACUAUCUUUAUGAAAUCUUGAAUCUUUUUGCCCUUGA